GGUAGUGCAGCCGACUGUGUGCACACCUCCCGGGCACCCUCCUUCUCCUCCUUCUCCUCUCUAUUCUCGCCGCCGCUGAGCAUGCCGAAGGGAGGCGCCCCCGACGGAGGCUUCCAGCCACCCUUCCCGCAUUUCGCCACUCAGGCCAUCCACGCGGCGCAGGAGCCGGAGCAGUGGACAGGCCAGCCGGUGGUGGCUCCUAUCUCGCUGUCCACCACCUUCAAGCAGCAGGCUCCCGGGUGCCACGCGGGCUUCGAGUACAGCCGCUCCGGAAAUCCCACCCGGAACUGCCUGGAGAAGGUGGUGGCCACCCUGGACGGCGCGAAAUACUGUCUGGCCUUCGCUUCGGGCUUGGCAGCCACCCUGAACAUCACCCACCUGCUCAGGGCCGGGGACCACAUCGUGUGCAUGGACGACGUGUACGGAGGGACGAACAGGUACUUCCGACGGGUGGCAUCCGAACUGGGUUUGAAGAUUUCUUUUGUUGACUGCUCCAAAUUCGAGCUGCUCGAUGCCGCGAUCACACCACAAACCAAGCUGGUGUGGAUCGAAACUCCCACAAACCCCGUCUUGAAGGUCAUCGACAUCAAAGGCUGCGCCCAAGUGGUCCACAAGCGCGGCGACAUCAUCUUAGUCGUCGACAACACUUUCAUGUCAGCCUAUUUCCAGGUAAGUGAAAGCCGACGGGUUUGCCCAAAUGUCGUGUGUGCCCUCAAUGUGUGGGCGUGCGUGGAUGUGUGUGUCUAUGGGUAAACUUUAAAGCACCAAAGACGCCACAGCGAUGUCGUCAUGGGCUUGGUCUCCGUGAGCUCGGAGGGCCUCUACAAGAAGCUCUGCUUCCUCCAGAACUCGCUCGGAGCCGUUCCCUCUCCUUUCGACUGUUAUCUCUGCCUUCGUGGUCUGAAAACCCUGCAGAUCCGAAUGAAGCAGCACUUUGAAAAUGGCCUGGCAGUGGCCAAGUUCCUGGAGGCGCAUCCUCUGGUGGAGAAGGUCCUCUACCCAGGGCUGCCCUCUCAUCCUCAGUAUGAGCUGGUGAAGCGCCAGUGCACGGGCUGCCCGGGAAUGGUCACCUUUUACAUCAAGGGGGCGCUCAGGCACGCUGAAGCCUUCCUCAAGAGCCUCAAGAUCUUCGCGCUGGCCGAGAGCCUGGGAGGAUACGAGAGUCUCGCCGAGCUGCCGGCCAUCAUGACGCACGCCUCGGUGCCCAAGGAGGACCGGCAGCUACUGGGCAUCAGCGACACUCUGAUCCGCCUCUCUGUCGGCUUGGAGGACGUGGAGGACCUGCUGCAGGACAUCAGUCAGGCCCUGAAUGCCGCUCACGCGUAAUCUGUGGGCACCGAAGUGCCCUCCUGCGCCCAGAAGGCCGCCAUGAUGGAGCCUCCUGAAGAUGGACCAUUGCCAAGAUUGCUCCUAAUGAGCUUCCAGCGAUUCCCUUUUGAAGAUUCCCAGGAGAGGUGCCUCGUUGCCUUUGGUACGGUCGGCCGUCGGUCCCUCGUGGCCUUGUUUCCCUUUCUUGUUCUUGCCGAAGGAGGAGGGAUCACGAGCUGCCAUUUUGCAUCUUCCAUCCUCUAGAAAAUGCCUUUUUAUGAUGUUUACGCUCUGAUGGCGACUUGUUGUCUGCCCCUCACCCCCCUGUCCCCCCAGGGCAUGUUCUGCUUGGACCUGGCACCCUGAGCGGCCUGGAGCGGCCCCAGGCUCCCAGCGAAUGUGGGGGAGGCCAGAAUCUAUUUCCUGAAACCACUGUGUGACACCUCCUGGUUGUAAAUGGCCUUUUAAAAAUUUCCCUUUUCACUUGC